AUGUGUGAGUUGCUUUCAGUUCAUAUUUCGGAAAACCACACAGAAGUUCCAAAUGAAACAAACGUGUUUCAAGGCAACGGUGGCUUAGUAGGAAACCAGUCUAGUUUGAGUGAUCAGACAGAAAAAACAUUGAAUCACAAAGUAACAGAUGAAGAAGACAACAACAUAAAUCCAACGGAUUUAUUUAAUGAAUGCAAAAUAGAUGAACGCUCAAAAAAAAUUAUUGAAUGUUUGAAUCUGAAGCCGCUAAUUUUGCAGGAUGAAGAUGAAGACAAGCAAAGAAUGCUUUGCUUUAUUCCUGAUUCACAACGCAUUCAUAUGUUUAAGAACAAUAACAAAAGACUGAAAUUGAUUGGACCAUCAUCAACUUCAGCUUCAACAUCUAAUACGAGCGAGUGCGUUCAUACACCAAAAAAGUAUACGGCUAUUGACAAGAUAAUCAGAACAAGCCCAUAUUGUGAAUUACUCUCAUUUAAAAAAUAUAUGGAAGUAAAUGAAGAACAGUUAAUGUUGCUAAAUACGUCUUGGCGCUCGAAACCCUAUCUAUCCUUGGCGUUAUCGCAAUUGUUGGCUGGAUCUAUCCUUGCUAAUCAAAACGAAGCACUGCUAAUUAAUGGGAUCGAAUCAUACUCUCAAUUUCCAUCCGUCGAUGCACAUUGUGAAAAAUUCAUUGGUUUUGGUCUUCAUUCCUCUAUGCCAAAUCUUACAUCAUCUUAUCCAAACGAACUAAGAUUCACAGCAGUGCAUGAAGAUAAUUCGAAAAAAUUAAUAAUCAGUUCACGGUCAGCAAACUUUCUAGUCAUUUCAAGCAUAAGGAUUGAUGAACAAAUGAAACCUGAAGUUGGUCCUACGACAAUGAAUUUUAUUCCAACAAACAAAACAUCGAUUUACUUAGAUACCAACUCAAUAAAAAAAAUCAACUGUAAAGAUACAAAUGAUGCUGUUUUGGGAUCCAAAAUCAUGAUAGUUAUUGCUGAUGCUGUCCAUACGCAACCUCUGAACCCACAAAUCAAAAAGGGGAAUUUUACAAAGCUUGCACCAGAAAAGAAAAAGACGACAUCAAUGCACCAAGCGUUGGAUUCAAUAAUUAGUUUGUUUGAAAAUGAUUUAGAAACAUUGCAAGUUAUUGGAAAUACAAAUUUGGCAAGCGUUUUAAGGAAUAUAGCUGACAGUACAACAGCAAGUCUAAAGCACGGAAAUCGACAUAUAGUUGAAAACAUUUGGAAUUACUUUAAAACCGAGUAUAAAACCUAG